AUGGACCCGACAUCAGGGUACGACUCGUGGCUCAUGCAACAAAACGGCAAUGUACAGCCGUCGUGGCAGCUUGGACCCAAUGCGGUCUCGCAAUCGAGCAUGCCAGACUCAGCAGCGCCAAUGUACGCAGCCUCCCCAUCAUCAUCGAGUGGGCCAGCGGCUAGCUCACUGUAUCCAGCGCUUCCUGGACCUCACGGCCAAUACAUGCAGCAGCCUGCCUCAUCCUUCCAGCAGCAGCAAGGCGGGGUCUCGUUCCCGCCACAAGUGUAUUCUCAUCAUCAGCAGCAGCACCAGCAGCAGCAGCUAUACGGAUCGUUCUCGAACAUGGCGAGCAUGCCCUCUUCCGGGAUUUAUCCAGCUGCGCCCUUGUCGAUCGAUGAAGCGACCUUCAACGAGCUGCGAGCCGCCUAUCCAAACACGCCGCCGGACUUCCUCAUCAAUGCCGUGCUCCACUCUCCACAGCAUUUUCCCGCGGCUCAGCUUGCGCCUCCGCCUCAGCCUACGGUGUAUGCAUCAUCGCCUCACUCUUAUGCCUCCGCACCAUCGAACAACGAGCAGUUCCAAUCGCAAUCAGAUCACUCCCUUGCGAAUGCUCUGACGUUCUCAAGUCCCUCCUCACGGCCUGCGAAUCAGUCGUCCGGCUCUAUCAAUGGCAUGCCACAGUCGGUCGCGCCACCUCAUCAAGCUCAAGCCGGUUCGUCGGAUGUUGCUGCGCCAAGCACAGCAUCCUCGUCAAGCGCAGGCGCCAAGGAUAAGCAACCCAAGCUGCGUCAAUCCAAGCUUGCUUUCCUGCCUGGUGUCGCCAAGUCUCUUAGCCAAAAGGAAACGCCACUGCCGCCGGCUCCGAUCGCGACGAACACGCCGACAACGAGCGUCGGCGCAGAAAUCACCGUGAUCACGGACUCGGGUUCUGAGCCCGGAACGCCUCCCCUUCCUCCGGCAAAGGCGUUGUCGAAACCCUCUACAAAGGGCAAUGCUGGCGCUGCUGUAGUCAAGGGCGGUGCCGACGCAAAAGGCGCAGAGGCCAGGAAACUAUGGGAGAUGGUCAAACAGCCACUCUCGCGUCUGUCGGUGGAGCGCGAGCCUGCCAAAGCGGUCCACAAGUUCGUUGCACCUCUCAGCGAUCUCGACCCGGGCGGCAAGUUCCGGAACCCCAGACCUACGGCAGUCGAGGAUCGCAAGAUCAUCCUCGACAUGCUCAACAGCAUCGUCAAGCUCGAGACUGGCAAAGGCUACAGCAAGACCGGUCGAGAAAGGUUCUUCGCCGCCCUGAUGGGCUCGUAUGCUGCAAGACACAUCCUCUCCGCCUGGCUGCGCGCGACGACGCCACCAAAGAAGGCCUCUCAGGACGUAGUGGACGAAAGUGCAAAGUACCAAUCCACGCUGCCCCCCCUUCUCAGCAUUCUUGCCUUCGUCGAGAUGAAGCGAGACUAUCUGACGGACGAUGCAGCCCUCGGCAAGGCCAUCACGGGUGUCUCCUUGCGCGCUGUGGAUCCUUCAGCGCGCAAAGCGGCACAAGACAUCAAAGCCAAAUGGACAAAAGUGGUAGAAGAUGCUGACACCAAGGCGGCUGCUCCGCCACGUCCCAGUCCGUCCGCCCCUGCAAACGCUCCGAGCACGAAACGGAAGCCAGCAGAUGGCGCGGCAACGGCGGUCGAGGGAGCCACGAAGCGUUACAAGUCGGCCUCGGCCGCGGCGGCCACCUCCACAAGCGCGAAGGCAACCAAGGCGACCCCAUCUUCAGCCGGCACAUCCACCGCCGCCUCGAGCCGGCCGGCACCCGCUCAGGCGGGUGUUGACUUCUUCGCGGCUGGUAGCGUCAAGAAGCAGGUAGUCGCAAGACCGCCUUCGACCGCCAGUGCCGCUGGGCCAAGCCGUCCAUCUGCUCAUCACAACGUCAUGAGCUUGAUUGACAAGGUCAGCGGCGGCGCUGGAAGCAGCCGCGCUGCAUCUGGCACAUCGACUGCGCAGCCCGCCAGCUCACAACUCAAGAAGAAGGCGCCGAAGCGUGUCAGGUGGAAGGAGGACAGCGAGCUCGUAGCGGUCAAGCUGAUCGAGCCAGCCGACUAUGGACAGGGCGAGAUGGACGAAGAAAUACACAUCGAAGGAGCAGGGGACAAACGUCACGAGGGUGCGGCGCUCAAACAGACGGUGAGCACAAUGGAGGCGCUGAUGGACUGGCAGGAGCCGCGUGAGCUCUCGUUGGCGGUCGACUCAGACCCCAUCGGCAGCGAGUCCGUCGAAGGACCGUUCCAAACGCAACGACACGCUGGUCUCGAGAGAACUGCGACCGCGGACGGAGAGGAGGAGUCUGGCGGCGUGGAGGAAAGCAAUCUGGAGCAGCCUGGCUCAAUUUCAGAGACGCCGGCAGAACUGGCAGGAGCAGAGACUGCCGAGAUUCCGACGCCGUGGAUGGAGGAGGCGGAAGCGGAUCUCGAUGUGACGGGCGAGGGCCAAGGCAUUCACGAAGUCGCGGUCAAAGAUGAAGGAGCACCGAAUGACGACAUGAAGACAAGCGACCACGCCGCAAUUCCAGCCGCAGCCGAUAUCAGCGCGCUGCUGGCCAAGGUGGGUCAGACGGUAGGCGCGGAUGCCAGUGCGAUCUCGAGCACCGGAACGCAGACCGCAGCGCCAGCUCCGGCUCUCAACUUUGACCUGACGCAGCUGCAAUCUAUCCUCAAUGCGGCCAAGGGGGCCGACGCCAAUUCCAAUACGGUCAAUGCGGCGUUGGCUUCAUCGAAUGUUACGAGCGACAACCUGUCCAACCUGCUGUCGAGCCUCUCGAGGUCAAAUGGGCAAAACGUCCCCAGCACUUCUGACGCAGGCGAGCAGCCGAGCUACUGGCAGCGGCCCCAGCGCGACAAUGUCCCAGUCAAUGCUGCACAGGAGGAAAGCUAUCCGGGAGAGUUCCAGGGGGAUUACCAGCCGGACAGGAAGUCGUCGUACAACUACGGUCAAACGUCAGCGCCCAGAGGAUAUCGAUAUGGAGGAGGCGAUAAUGGCGGGUGGGAUUCAGAGCAGUCCAGCUAUGGUGGAUACCAGUACGGCGGAUCCGGAGAUGGUGGACAAGGUGGCUACGGCGGCGGUGGUGGUGGAAACGGUGGUGGCAUUUGGCAGUCGAAGCGCCACACGGUGCCCUGCAAGUUCUUUGCGCAGGGAACUUGCCGCAAUGGGUCAUCGUGCAACUUUCGUCAUUGA